CUGAUCGACGUCAAUGCGUAGCCAAUAGGAAAGCGAGAAACCACGUAGAGGCGUUUCCAGGAAGAGAGCAGUUACAUUUUCCUGUAAUGGCGGACCAGGCGGAGAGCGAGUCUAUCGGGUUCAGCGACAACAGAAUGGCGCAGCAGGCAGUGCGGUUCCGCGGUCCUGCUCCUGCGCCUGCGCCAGCACCCGCACCCACCCAGACCCCAGUGUUGCGUGGCCCGCCGCCACUCCUUAGGCCACCGCCGCCUCCUUUUGGGAUGAUGAGGGGCCCCCCGCCACGUCCCCCGUUUGCACGUCCACCCUUCGACCACAACAUGCCGCCCAUGCCACCACCCGGAGGCAUGCCACCGCCGAUGGGACCUCCUCACCUACAGAGACCUCCGUUCCUUCCUCCUCCCAUUGGUAACAUGCCGCCUCCUCCGGGGAUGCUGUUUCCUCCUGGAAUGCCUCCCGUUCCUGCAUCUGGAAACCCAGCACUCAACCCUACAGAAGAGAUCUGGGUGGAGAACAAGACGUCGGAGGGAAAGGCAUAUUACUACAACGCCAGGACCAGAGAGUCCUCAUGGAGUAAACCAGAUGGUGUGAAGAUCAUCCAGCAGUCUGAGCUCAACCCUCUUCUUGUAGGGGGCGGUGGAGGUUCGGGUGCUAGUGCUGGGGUGACUGUAGCUGCCAGCUCAAGCAGCGUCAACACUACAGCCAGCACAGCAGCCUCGCCCACUCAGGCCCCGUCCACUACCCCCUCCAGUACACUCGCCUCCAGUGCAGACUCCAUAACAACCCACUCCCCAUCCCAGAAUGUGACCAUGGCAGCCACAGUUGUAGCAGACCUCACCCCUGUUGCCACAGUGACCUCAACUGUUCCUGUGUCCCCGGUCACCGUGGUGACUGUUUCCACGGUGCCAUCGCCUGUCACAGCAGUGCAGACCGUGCCACUGUUGCCGGCAGCCCUGCCUCACAGUGUGGCCCAGCCGACCGCAGCCAUACCUGCCUUCCCCCCUGUCAUGGUGCCACCUUUCAGGGUGCCUUUGCCAGGCAUGCACAUCCCUCUACCAGGUGUAGCAAUGAUGCAGAUAGUAGGUGCACCCUGUGUAAAGGCAGGCCCCAGCGCCAACGGCAUGCUUCCUGGUAUGGGCCCGCCUUUAGUUUCCAUGAUGCACCCUCAGCUGGCGCUGUCUGCAGCUCCUGCCUCCAUGGCUGGAUCUCUGCAGCUCCCCGAGUGGUCCGAGUACAAAACAGCCGAUGGGAAAACGUACUACUACAACAACCGGACGCUGGAGUCCACCUGGGAGAAACCGCAGGCUGUUCUGGAGAAAGAAAAAGAAGCAGAAAAGGCCAAGGAGCGCCUCGCCCAGGCCGAAGCUGAGGCGAUGGAGAUGGAGGAUGAAGAAAACAAAGCAGAAGCCGCUAAUAACGACAAGGAGACUAAGGAAGAAGAGAUGACGGAGGAGGAAAAGGCAGCUCAGAAAGCCCGGCCCAUAGCCACAAACCCCAUCCCCGGCACACCAUGGUGUGUGGUUUGGACGGGUGACGAUCGCGUGUUCUUCUACAACCCAACGACGCGGCUUUCCAUGUGGGACCGGCCCGAGGAGCUGGUCGGUCGAUCUGACGUCGACAAGCACAUUCAGGAGCCGCCGCACAAGAGAGGUCUGGAGGACGGCAAGAAGACAGGCAUCAAUAAGGAGGAGCCAGAACUAUCAAUCGCUACUGAAGAGAGUCUGGACGAGGAGCCAAGCAAAGCCAAAAAGAGGAAGAAGGAGGAAAUCAAAGAGGCCGACACGGAGAAGGAGGCAGCGAUGGAGGCAGAGCUCAGAGCUGCCAGAGAAAGAGCGAUAGUGCCUCUGGAGGCCAGGAUGACGCAGUUCAGAGAAAUGCUGCUGGAGAGAGGGGUGUCUGCGUUCUCAACGUGGGACAAGGAGCUUCAUAAGAUUGUGUUUGACCCACGUUACCUUCUCCUCAACCCAAAAGAACGGAAACAGGUGUUUGAUCAGUAUGUGAAGACGCGAGCGGAGGAGGAAAGGAAGGAGAAGAAGAACAAGCUGAUGCAGGCCAAAGACGAGUUCAGGAGGAUGAUGGAGGAGGCGAAGCUCACGCCCAGAACAACAUUUAGUGAAUUUGCCGUGAAGCACGGCCGAGAUCCGCGGUUUAAGACGAUCGAGAAGAUGAAGGACAGGGAGGCUAUUUUCAUCGAAUUCAUCACUGCCAUGAGGAAGAGGGAGAAAGAGGACUCCAAAUCCAGAGGAGAGAAGGUGAAGCAAGACUUUUUCGACCUCCUGAGUGACCAGCACAUCGAGGGAGGUCAGCGGUGGAGUAAAGUGAAGGAGAGGCUAGAGACGGAUCCGCGGUACAAGGCCGUGGACAGCUCCGCACUCCGAGAAGAACUUUACAAACAGUUCAUGGAAAAACAAGCCAAGAACGUGGACAUCGAAAAGGAGCGAGAGAUGGAGCGGCAGGCUCGUAUCGAGGCCAGUCUCAGAGAGCGGGAGCGGGAGGUGCAGAAGGCCCGGUCUGAGCAGACCAAAGAGAUCGACCGAGAGAGGGAGCAGCACAAGAGGGAGGAGGCCAUCCAGCAUUUCAAAGCUCUCAUGUCCGAUAUGGUACGUUCUUCGGAUGCAACGUGGUCAGACACACGUCGCAACCUGCGGAAGGACCAUCGCUGGGAGUCGGCGUCGCUCCUGGAGAGGGAGGAGAAGGAGAAGCUGUUUAAUGAACACGUAGAAGCUCUGGCCAAGAAGAAGAAGGAACAUUUCAGGCAGCUGCUGGAUGAGACCAGCAUGAUCACACUGACAACGACAUGGAAGGAGGUGAAGAAGGUCAUCAAGGAGGAUCCUCGCUGUAUUAAAUUCUCCUCCAGUGACAGAAAGAGACAGCGGGAGUUUGAAGACUACAUCAAAGACAAGUACAUCACAGCCAAGGCUGACUUCAGAACUCUGCUAAAGGAGACCAAGUUCAUCACAUACAGGUCCAGAAAGCUGAUCCAGGAGUCAGAGCAGCAUUUUAAGGACGUGGAGAAGAUUCUUCAGAACGACAAGCGGUACCUCGUCCUGGAGUGUGUCCCCGAGGAGCGCAGGAAGCUCAUCAUGUACUACAUCGAAGACCUGGACCGCCGCGGCCCGCCGCCUCCCCCCACCGCAUCUGAGCCCACCCGACGCUCCACCAAGUGACCAAUCUCGUCUCCACCUCGGCCAGCGUCCUACUCCUCUUUGCCCUCCCUUUGGCCAGAGCAUGACCUCCCCUCAGCGUCCCCUGAACCCCGCCUUCCAGGCCCGCGGCCGGCCUUGCAGUGUUAAUGCUGGGGGUCACGUCACUUAGAGAUGUACCAUAGAGAUGAACGGUUAAGGUCUCUGUGUUAUGUCGCCUCUUAACCCUGAAAUAGUCCUGUAUUUAAGGCGACAGCAGGGAACAGAGGUUACCUGAUCUCGAGGUGACCCUUGACCUCUCACCUCUGACUGACCACAUUAGAGGGAGAGGGAUAGUGAUGAGGAGGCUGCUGCCUGAGCAGCCACACAGGUGUAAGAUAGCCGAUGUAAAUGAAGAUGAGUGUCUGAGUGUGUGUGUGUGCGUGCGUGUGUGUGUGCAUAUGUGAGUAUGUGUGCAUGUGUUUGAGGCGUCCUUCAGCCUUACUGCUCCACUGUGCCAGUCAUUGUUUCAGCGGCUCAGUGUGAAUGUUAGUUUCUGCUCAGUGGUUUACUCCGAUGUUGCAGCAGUUUCUCUGUUAAAUGAAAUAAAGGCAACUUCCACUGUUUUUCAAAA